AUGCUGCGCGCCUUAAGCCUCCUUAGGAGGAGGGAACCUGCGGGGGGUUCUGAGAAUGUCAAUAGCAACAACAGUAACAGCAGCAACAACAGCAGCUCCACCUUCGAGGAUGCCAUCAAAGGCAGCAGAGAGGCCAUCUGCACUCUGGAUAAACGCCACGCGCACAUCCUCAGGAGGGCGCAGGCACAAAGCGAGGCAGCUCGUGCCUGCGUCGCAUGCUCGGAUCGCAAUGGCGCCAUGUUGGCUCUGCAGCGGCGAAGGCUGCUGCUACGCGAUCUGCAGCAGCUUGCUGCUGCACGCUUAACAUUAGAGCGACAGCUGCUGCAGCUAGAAGCAACGCAGGCUCAGAAGGUUGCGGUCUCUGCUAUGGCUGCUGCAGCCUACGCCCAUAAGGAGCUCAGCAAGCAACUGAAUAGCAACACGGUGGAACGUCUGCUGGACGAACUCACGGAGCAGCAAGAAGCGCAGCAGGAGCUCGUGGAUGCUCUGCAUCAAAAUGCUACACCUGCUGAAGAAGAGGCAAGAACUGCGCUGCUGCAGGUUGAGCUGCUGCGAGAACUCGACGAAUUAGAAGCUCUCGAAGUCGAGAGACAGCUCAUCAUGCCGCCGAGCGCGACUGCGCUCAAGGUGCAGCAGGCGCAGCUCACACAGCAGGAAGAGGAGCUGUUGCAACUGCAGCAGCAAUUGCAGCUGCAGCAGCAGCAGCAACAACUUGAGGAACCUUUCCCUCUUUACCCCUUAGGAAAGCAGGCUUCCUCAGUACGACAACAGCAGCAGCAGCCGCCACAACAAGCCGUAGCUAUCGGAUUGCCUUCUCGCCCCCCAGGGAUGCUCUUGGAGCAGCUGCAGCAGCAGCAUUUGCAGCAGCAG